UGUGAGUUGUAGCGGCUUGCCUCUCGUUUCCACGUCGCGGCAGCGCGGAGGCAGAGCGCGCGCGCAUUCGGGAGGGAGUCUGGUCGCGUGAGCCAUUGGGGUUCCCGCAUAACGGGAACACAGACAACAAAACACGCAGGCGGACGGACCGGGAAAUAGGCAAGUGAUCUUCAAAAAAGGAAAAAAGGAAAAAAGAAAGAAAAACAAACCAUAAAAAAACAAGACAAAAGGAAAAAAAAAACACAAAAUCCAGCGACGAAAACAAGUCUUUUUUUUUAUUCCAAGUGUUCGGGGGGGGGUUUGUUUCUUUCUUUAUUUGUUUGCUCGGUUUAUUUAUUUAUUUAUUUAUAUAUUUAUUUCGUAUCGAUUGAUUGCGUUUUAAUUAGCGGAGUGUGACAGAGCGGCGGUGGGCGGGGCGAAGCGCCGGCGAGCACGUUAUGUUGCCUUAUUAUUAACGUUUAUAUAUCAAUAAAUAUAAAAAAAUAGAUUUCUUUAUUAAAAAAAAAAAAAAAAAAAAGAUACUCCUUCAUUGUGUCGGAUUUCGACUAAGAUCAGGCUGUGCGACUUUAAAUGUGGAAGCGACGGUGUAGCAUGUAGCUGUCGGAGGAAACAAAAAAAAAACCCGGAAUAAAACAAUAACAGAUCCAUAGCUAAAGACCAAAUAAUCAAAUAUACCAAAAAUCCGAAUAAAACCCAAUAAACACGAGCAUCAGGAGCGCGUUUCUCUUUGCCUGGAAAUAAAUGGUAUUUCUUCUUGUUUUAUAGCCAAGGGAAAGAAGGGAUGAAAGGAGCCUAACCUAUGUUUCAAAAUCGAAAAAGCCUUUUUUAUUCCUUAUAUUCAAUAAUUCACAUGAAAUCAGUUUUGAAGGAUCUUGCUAGGGUUCAGCAGGUGUAUCAGUGUAGCAUAGAGGUGAAUGCUAGAGCAUCAGUGUGAGAGGAGCUCUAGCCCAGUCUGUCCGCCUGUGUGUGGGGUUUGUGUCUGAGCAGCUUAGGCUUAUUCUCUACAGGCUUCUUACUCAAUUCCAGAAGUGAUCGUCCAGAGACUAACGAAAGCAAUGAAAACGUGAUCGAUCAGCCUGCGAGUGAGCACCACGCCGAGUUCCUGUCACUUAGAAAAACUUGGUGUACAAUGCCAAAGAGAUCCCGAACCCAGCCAAAGCCGAACGCGACCGAGCUCCAGGUGAAGACCUACACCUCCCAUCUCAGCUACAAAGAAGAGACCGGCGACCAGAGACUGACUGUGCUGUAAUAACGCCAAAGCAAAAAAAAACCAUAUAUAACAUAUAGUAAUACCAGCAACUAGAGGAAGGAAAAAAGUCCAAAACAAAAAGCCCGAGACGAAAAGGAGGAUCAUGUUUGUCCCCUUGCCGCUGCCGUUCGUCUUGCCCAGAACUGCCUCCGAGCUCCGCGCCUGGCGCCUCAAGUCUCCGCCGGCUGCGCGCGCGCUCUCCGAUAUCAGAAUGUCAAAGCCAAUAGAGGUUGAGAAUCCGGCGGCAGACUCUCCGAUGGAGAACACAGGAGAUUCAGAGAGGAAUGGUUCGGACUCCAAUAAUCAGAUUCCACCAAUGAAAAGCAGCCCGUUCUCACUCUCUCCAACACUAAGUGCCAGCAACAAGGCCAAGGUGGAAGAGUGUGGAGAGAUGUCUCCAGCUUCAGUUCAUGCCACGCCUACUCAAACACCCCUCUCACACACACAGCUGAUGCUGACAGGAAGCCAGCUGGCAGGAAGGGUUUCUCCUUUUCUCUUCCCCUGCACCCUGUCUGACUCUGUCACUGCCUCUGGACUUCCUUCUUGCCCUUCAACUUUCAUGCUCCAGCUGACCGCUCUCUUGCCAGCUCAGCAGCAGUUGCUCCUCCAGCAAGCGCAGCUCCUGGCCGCAGCUGUGCAGCAGUCGCAGGCGGCUCAUGCAGCCAAUCAGCAGCAAACGCAGCAGCAGCAGCAACAACAGCAGGCCAGUCAGCAAGCGGCUUUGCCUCAGCUGCAGGGCCAAUCAAAAAGUGCUCAGGAGCAAAGUACUGCUCCUGUCCUGCCCUCUCCUCACCAGCUUGCCCUAUCUCAACCAAUCCAGCUCACUGCCCAGGACAUUCAGCAAUUGUUGCAGCUGCAGCAGUUGGUCCUUGUCCCAGGGCAUCCUUUGUCCUCACCUGCACAGUUCCUUUUGCCACAGACACAGCAAGGGCAGCAAGGGCUGCUACAGACACCAAAUUUGAUUCCGCUACCUCAGCAAAACCAUGGGGGGCUCCUCACUGCUCCUUCUGCCCUUGGUCUUCAAGCACAGCAGAGAGAAAAGGUCAUGGAAAGCAGUGUGAGUACGGUGAACCCUGUGACUUCUCACAGCGAGGAGCCAAGUGACCUGGAAGAGCUCGAACAGUUUGCUCGCACCUUUAAACAGAGGAGAAUCAAACUUGGAUUCACACAGGGUGAUGUGGGACUGGCUAUGGGCAAACUGUAUGGGAAUGAUUUCAGUCAGACAACCAUCUCACGCUUUGAAGCCCUCAAUCUCAGCUUUAAGAACAUGUGCAAACUUAAACCUCUACUAGAAAAGUGGCUCAAUGAUGCCGAGACCAUGUCAUUGGACAGUACCUUGCCAAGUCCCAGCUCUCUGUCCUCACCAUCUCUGGCCUAUGAGGGCCUGACUGCCCGCCGCCGCAAGAAACGCACCAGCAUAGAGACGAAUGUUCGUGUGGCUUUGGAGCGCAGUUUUAGCACGAACCAGAAGCCUACCUCAGAGGAGAUUCUACUCAUCGCUGAGCAGCUCAACAUGGAGAAGGAGGUGAUUCGCGUCUGGUUCUGCAACCGCAGACAGAAAGAGAAACGCAUUAACCCCUCCAGUGCCACCCCUCCCCUGCCCAGCCAAACCCAGCCUGCCACACACAAACCCCCCUGCUACAGCCCACAUAUGAUGCAAGGCCAGGGACCGUCCCAACCUGUUAACAGUCUCAGCACAGCAGCCACCACCAUGCCCUCGGUUUGUCCGUUGACCCCGACUGGUCCCUCCUCGAGCUCCACCCCUUCACCUGUGACUCCGUCUCCUCGCAGUGAUGCCAGCCCUGUUCCUGCCACACACGCAUUAAAUCUGAACACAGGUUCAUGGCGUAACAAGAACGGUGACGUGUCAAACUACAUCACCGAUUUUGCUGCAAAUCUGAGGAAUACGGUGAUUGGAGUUAACACAGGAAUGAACCAAGUUCUUCGUGGCAGCAACCCAAUCGCCACGAUUCAAGCUCUGGCAGCCAGUGGUGGCCAAACCACCAUUUCCAGUCUUGAAGGUGGCAGCAAGGUGCUGUUUGGUAGUUCUGGAGGACAAAGGUCAGGACUCCCUUCUUCCCUCUUCCUUAACCACCCUUCAUUGUUGCCCAUGGCAGCGGGCACAGCUCUGGGAUUGGCCAACUCGAUCGUUUCCAAAUCUGGCAGGCCUCUAUUCAUGGAUGGCAUGAGCCCCUCACCCUGCUCAAGCCCUGACUCUUCCUGCUCUUCCAGCGACUUGCUACACAGCCCACAUGACCUGGGGAGCGGCCAAGAUUGAGGGACACUUUUCGGGAAACCAAUCACAGGACCAGGAGGAGGAUCUUCAACCUCCUAUCACAACCAAAGCAUCUCUUGUCUCUCUUUCUUCCUUCGGCCUUUUUUUUAAAUGUCUUUCACACUUUCUCUCUUGCUCUCUCCUGCUCUCCUGAUGCCAAAAAUACACAAAGUGGAAGAGGGGAGAGAUGAAGAGACAGAGGUGAAGAUGAGGCUAAGCGAAGAAGAGAGAUUUACAUGUAAACCAAAAAUUCACCUGGAGGUCUAGUGGAACGUGGUUGACCGAGCGUGGCCACUUCUCCGCCGUUUUUGUUGUUGUUUUUUUUUUCUCUUUCUCUCUGUCUAUCUCUCUGUUUCUCCAGAGAGUGUAAAGAAAUACAAGAAAGGAAGGACAAUAGACACUGGUUUAAGAACUGCAGGAAUCAGAGGAAGGAGCUGAUGAUCCUUGAGCCAAAAAUAGCAAAAUGAAAAACAAACUUAUUUGUUGCAGAACGGCAGUCAGACUUCAGCUCGCACCAGUCUGGAGAACUUUAAACCAAAAAGAAAAUAUGAUAGAGGUGAACUUUUAAAGACUCGCAGUGACAAAAAAAAAAGACAACCAUACCAAAAACCCAUAUACCAAAAAACAAACAAAACCAAAAAUACGGAAGGAAAAGCUUUAUCCCGUGGACCUGUAAAUAGUCCAGCGUCCAGCACCAGACCCACACCAAUGAUCCAGCAACCUCCUGCUCCAUCAUUUCAUCCGACAUUCUCUCAUUUUGUCUGUCAAUAGAUCAGUAUUAGUUAUAUUACUGUUUUUGUUUUGUUUUUUGUAGUGAAGAGGUGAAUCUCCAAGUGAUAGCUGUGUAUUGCUGUGCAACAGUGAACGAGCAAAGCUCAGAAGUGUCAAUAUUUUUUUAUUUUUUUUUGCUAGAAGUCUAGGUAUGUACAAAUCUCUCCCGCUUUUCUACCUCUUUAUCAGGUUUUCUUCUCUCUUGCCUUAGUUCCCAUUGCCGUUCGUAAAGUAUCCAUAUUCGAGUAGCUUUUUUGUUGUUUAACCAUCAUCACUGUCAUUUCAUCUUCAGCUUCAUGUUCAUCGCACAUGUUAACCACCCAGGGGGUGUUGUGUAUUUCAGAAUGUCAUGCAAAUCAGAUGUAUUUAAUACAAGGUCAGUUGGUGUUCCUGCAUGUUUUUUUAACGUCUCGUUUGUGUCUCACGUUCAUGUUCAUUCUGUCUAAUCUCCAUUAAAAAAAAAACACUUUGAAUCCAUUA